UACGUUUGCUUCCCCUCCGGACUCAUUAAAAAGCGAGGGAAAGGGAAUCAAGAUGGCGCGUUCAGCGAAGACAGCGUUGGUUCUGUGUCUGGAUGUGGGUUUCUCCAUGUCCAACUCUGCCCCGGGACAGGAACCGCCCUUCCAACAGGCCAAGAAAGUCAUCCAGAAGUUUGUUCAGCGCCAGGUGUUUGCUGAGAACAAAGAUGAGCUGGGUCUGGUGCUGUUUGGGUCAGACAACACUAAGAACAACCUAGCUAAAGACGACCAGUACCAGAACAUCUCAGUACACCGCCAACUCAUGAUCCCAAACUUUGAGCUGCUGGAAGAGAUCCAGAAUGAUGUGCACCCUGGUAGUCAACAGGCUGACUGGCUGGAUGCUCUAGUUGUAUGCAUGGACCUGCUUCAGAACGAAACUCUGGGGAAGAAAUAUGAGCGUCUGAACAUCGUCAUGCUCACAGACCUGAACACACCGAGCAGUCCUGACCAGCUGGACAUUAUCAUAGGCAACCUGAAGAGAGCCGGGAUCACUCUGCAGUUCUUCCUACCCUUCCCUGUAGAUGGAGGCGGUUCCAACCCCCCUCACGGGGGUAAAGCUCUGUCCAGAGAGCAGCAGCAGGGGCUGGAGAUGACCAAGCAGGUCAUGAUGUCUCUGGAUGAAGAGGACGGUCUGGAGGAAGUCUACACCUUCAGUGAUGCUAUAGAGAAGUUGUCUGUGUUUAAACGUGUUGAGAAGAGACCCAUGGCCUGGCCCUGUACUCUGACCAUCGGCAGCUCUCUGCCCAUCAAGAUCGUUGGCUACAAAGCAGUAUGUGAGGAGAGACCCAGGAAGUCGUGGUCGGUGGUAGAUGCUCAGACACACCAGAAAGACGACAUAAAAAGAGAUGUAGUUUACUGUCUGAACGAUGACGAAGAGACCGAGGUACAGAAAGACGACACCAUACAAGGGUAUCGGUAUGGCAGUGACAUCGUCCCCUUCUCCAAAGUUGACCAAGACCAGAUGAAGUACAAGACAGAUGGGAAGAGUUUUGCUGUGCUGGGCUUCACCAAACAGAACAUGAUCAACAGACACCAGUUCGUGGGGAAUCAGGUCCUCAAGGUGUUCGCCCCUAAAGAUGAUGAGCAUGCAGGUGUAGCUCUCUCAGGUCUGAUCCGUGCUCUGGAUGACCUCAAGAUGGUGGCGGUGGUGAGGUAUGUUUACGCCCGCAAUGGAAACCCACAAGUAGGAGCAGCCUUCCCUUGUAUUAAGGAGAAGUAUGAGUGUCUGGUGUAUGUUCAGCUUCCGUUCAUGGAAGAUCUGAGGCAGUACAGCUUCCCUUCUCUGGAGAACAACAAGAAGUACACUCCCUCAGAGGACCAGCUGUCGGCGGUGGACUCUCUGAUUGACUCCAUGAUGUUGGUGGAGGAGGAUGAAGAUGGAGAGAAAAAAGACCUCUUCAAAGUCAACCACAUCCCCAACCCUCAGUACCAGAGACUGUUCCAGUGCCUGCACCAUCGGGCGGUGAACCCCAGUGCCCCCCUCCCCCCCAUGGACCCCUGGCUGACUACAGCUCUCCAGCGCCCCCUGGCGGUGGCCACCCGCUGUCAAGCCCCCCUGGAGACACUGAAGAAGAAGUUCCCUCUGAAGGAAGUGGUCAAGAAGAAGGAACUGAAGACCAGCAAGGAGCUGUUUGGGAACAGCACUGAGGAGCCUGAUGCCAAGAAGGCCAAAGUUGACGAGGAAGAAGACUUUAACCUGGCUGACAUCACAGAGGGAAGCAUCACACAGGUGGGCAGUGUAGAUCCAGCACGGGAUUUCCGCACUCUGAUUCGCCAGAAGAGUCUUCCGUUUGGAGAGGUGUGUCAACAGCUGACUGGCAGGAUAGAGCAGUUGCUUGGCAACAAGAACAUGAACUACUACAUCAAGUGCAUCCCCUGUAUCCAGACCUUCAGAGAGCAGUCUGUUCAGGUUGGGAAUGCUGAUCACUACAACAGCUACAUCCAGUCUCUGAAGACCAGUAUUCCUGUUAGAGGCCUUCAGGAAUUCUGGGACAUGCUAGUCCAAGAUGCCCUGACCCUGAUCAACAAGGACGAAGUUGAAGGGAGCGCGUUCUCGAGUCAUGAUGCAAAGCAGUUCCUGACUGCAGGGGAGAAGAAAGAGGAGGUGGUAGCAGCUGUGGUGGACGAUACAGGAGAUGUGGACGACUUGCUGGACAUGAUGUGAGGUAGAAGACGGCGGGGUUGAGGAGUGGAGGAUGAAGGAAACGUGACCAAACAGAUUCAACUGUCCAUCAUCUGCCACCUGGAGUUAACAGCAAACUUUGGGAUUUUGACCAUUUAUUGACUUCCCCAGAGUCAGAUGAUUACCAUGUGGAUGCCGUUUUUGUGUCUCUGCAUUCAGUAGGUAGGAAGUCAGAGGUCAUGCUAGCUGAUAUCAUAUACAGAGCAUCCGGAAAGUAUUCAGACCCCUUGACUUUUUCCACAUUUCGUUACGCCUUAUUCUAAAAUGGAUUAUAUUGUUGUCUUUCCUCAUCAAUAUACACCCCAUAAUGACAUCACAAUACCCCAUAAUGACAUCACAAUACCCCAUAAUGACAUCACAAUACCCCAUAAUGACAAAGCAAAAACAGGUUUUUAGAAAUGUUGGCAAAUGUAUUAAAAAUAAAAACGUAUUGCAUUUACUCUGUCAGGUUGGAUGGAGAGCAUUGCUGCACAGCUAUUUUCAGGUCUCUCCAGAGACUUGUCCUGAAGCCACUCCUGCGUUGUCUUGGCUGUGUGCUUAGUGUCGUUGUCCUGUUGGAAGGGGAACCUUCGCCCCAGUCUGAGGUCCUUAGCAGGUUUUCAUCAAGGAUCUCUCUCUGUACUUUGCUCUGUUCAUCUUUCUCUCGAUCCUGACUAGUCUCCAAGUCCCACAGCAUGAUGCUGCCACCACCAUGCUUCACCGUAGGGAUGGUGCCAGGUUUCCUCCAGACUUGACACUCAGCAUUCAGGCCAAAGUGGUCAAUCUUGGUUUCAUCAGACCAGAGAAUCUUGUUUCUCAUGGUCUGAGAGUCCUUUAGGUGCCCUUUGGCAAACUCUAAGCUGGCUGUCAUGUGCCUUUUACUGAAGAGUGGCUUCCAUCUGGCCACUCUACCAUAAAGGCCUGAUUGGUGGAAUGCUGCAGAGAUGGUUGUCCUUCUGGAAGGUUCUCCCAUCUCCACAGAGGAACGCUGGAGCUCUGUCAGAGUGACCAUCGGGUUAUUAGUCACCUCCCUGACCAAGGCCCUUCUCCCCCGAUUGCUCAGUUUGGCUGGACGGCCAGCUCUAGGAAGAGUCUUGGUGGUUCCAAACUUCUUCCAUUUAAGAAUGAUGGAGGCCACUGUUUUCUUGGGGACCUUCAAUACUGCAGACAUUUAUUGGUACCCUUCCCCAGAUCUGUGCCUUGAUACCAUCCUGUCUCGGAGCUAUACGGACAAAUCUUUCAACCUCAUGACUUGGUUUUUGAUCUGACAUGCACUGUCAACUGUGGGACCUUAUAUAGACAGGUGUGUGCCUUUCCAAAUCAUGUCCAAUCAAUUGAAUUUACCUCAAGUGGACUCCAAUCAAGUUGUAGAAACAUCUCAAGGAUGGUCAAUGGAAACAGGAUGUACCUGAGCUCCAUUUCAAGUCAUAAGGCAAAGGGUCUGAAUACUUUUGUAUGGACACCAUUUUUAUCUGACUGUGGGGAAGUAGAUAACUGGCUUCAUUGUCAAAAUCUCAACGUAUCCCUUUAACCUGUACAUUACAGUAGCACUCUCUCUGUCCAGAUAGUCUACACGUAGACUCACUAUACAGGUACUGAAACCAUUUCUCAGACUGAACAAUGGUUGAGGUUGUUUGUUGAUCGAGAUAGAUGUAUCACUACUUCAAAAUUCGUCUCUGUAUGGCUCUGCUUUGUCAACUUGGUUUAAAUGGUUUGUCAACUUGGUUUAAAUAGUUUGUCAACUUGGUUUAAAUGGUUUGUCAACAUGGCUCUGCUUUGUCAACUUGGUUUAAAUGCUUUGUCAACUUGGUUUAAAUGCUUUGUCAACUUGGUUUAAAUGCUUUGUCAACUUGGUUUAAAUGCUUUGUCUCUGUAUGGCUCUGCUUUGUCAACUUGGUUUAAGUGAUUUGUCUGAACUUGUGUCUGUACGUCUACGUAGAAUUCUCUCAAGUUAAUAAAAUGGUUGUCUUUUUCUUUAUAA